AAUGGAUGACCGCAGAGAUUUGAAUCCUAAAUUAAAAGAGGUGGUGCGAAUGGUGCGGGAAAUAUCCCGCAUUUAUAAAAUGAAAAUGCCCGAAGUAGGGGUCUAUCCUUCCCAAGAAAUUAAUGCUUUCGCUACUGUUGAUGGAAUUGACUUAACCGAGGACGAAAAUACCAAAGCGACUGGCGAACCGAAUUCGGUUUCUUUAUUAAAAUUCAAUCCUGAAAAGAAAAAAAGGGGUCUUUUGGAAUUAUUUCGCACUCACCCUCGUUUGGAAGAGAGAAUUGAGAGAAAAGAUUACCAAAAAACCCGCGAAUAUCAUUUUGAAGAGGCGUUAAUUAGAUAUAUGUUGGCAUGGAGUGAGAUACCAGAAAGUGAGAAAUUGGAGGAAACAAUAAAAAAGACCCCGAUGAAUGACGCAAAGAGGAAUUAA